GAACACGUGAAGCAGGAGCGCACGACUGCCACGGGCCCACGGCAACUCUGGUCUGCAAAAGGCCAGCGAGCAAAUCGAAUCCGUUGGACUUGGACAUAACGCAACGCCCGCCGCGAAAAGCACUACCGGCCUGUGCUGCUGUGGUAGUUAGUUUCAAGCAGCAAUGGAAGCCGUGGUGGCCACGACGACAACGAGGGUGUCCUUCCCUCUGCUGCCCACCGCGGGGAGGCCCCUGCUCCCGCCGGUCCUGGCGCGGCCCCGCCGCGGCUUCGCCUCCGUCUCCGCCACCUCCACAUCCGGCGCAGGCGGCGGCGGGGGGCGCUCAUCUGCAGGCGGCUGCGGCGGCGACGGUGGAGGGGACGACUCCGGUGCCGGCGCAGCCGCGGCCGCCGCGGCUGUGGCGGCUCUGGGUGAGUCCGAGCAGCAGGAGGACGGCGACUCUGACGCAAUCGUGCUCCAUGUCGGGGGAAUGACGUGCGGCGGAUGUGCGGACAAGGUGAAGCGAAUUCUGGAGAGCCAGCCUGAGGUUGCUGCAGCUACAGUUGAUGUCGAAAAGGCCACCGCUAUUGUGUGGACGACACCUGAAGCGAAGGCUACCAAAGACUGGCAAAAACAAUUGGCCGAGAAACUUGCCAACCAUCUCACCUCUUGCGGGUUCCAGUCUCAUCUGCAAGGUGUGAAGGACGAAGGCGAGGCUGAACAAACUGAUGCUUAACCUCAGCAGUGCAUUACGUAUGUAUGACUAUGAGUGGCCAGGAAGUUUUAGCAUGGAGGGUCCUUGCAUGAAGCAAUGUCUCCCACUUCAGAAGUUGUUACAUGCGGGUCUACGAUGUACUUCUUUUAUUUAUUUGUCGCAGUUUAGUUCAAAAAUGAACUCGCAGGAAGUUUUUAUGCCGUUAUAUUGUUGUUAAGGACUUGUGGUUGAACUUCGAAACAGCUGAACUGUUGAGUAUCGAAGGCGAACUAGCGAUAAAAUAAAAUGAUGAAGUAUCGUACAAGCUUA